AUGAUCAAGACACCAACCAACGUCCGUCUUUUGACCAACGUCGCUGUAGUCAGACUGAAGAGAUGCGGAAAGAGAUUUGAGAUUGCCUGUUAUAAAAAUAAGGUGCUCAAUUGGAGAAAUGGAACGUAUGUUUGUGAAUUGAGUUUUGUUUAUUGUUGUUUUCUUUAGAGAAAAGAACAUUGAUGAAGUGUUGCAGAAGGAAGUGGUCUUCACGAAUGUCCAGAAGGGAGAAGUAGCCAAGAAAGAUGAUCUUCAAAAGGCAUUUGAGACCACCGACCAUCUUCAAGUUUGCAAGAUUGUAAGUUCAUUUCGAAAUUUAAUCGUUUUGGCUUUAGAUCCUCGAAAAAGGAGAUUUGCAAGUUGGAGAGAAGGAGAGACAACACACUACGGAAGCUACAUACAAGGAAAUCGCGACACUAAUCUCUCAAAUGACGAUAAAUACAGAAACAAAGAAACCUUAUCCAAUCCCAGUAAUUGAAAAGGCAUUGAAGGAGAAUCACUUUACCAUCAAACAGAAUCGACAAGCCAAACAGCAGGUAAAUAGUUCUUUUUCGAUUGUCGUUUUAGUCAGUUCGUAUAAGAGAAUGUUGCAUUUUUAUAGUUUAUGACUACUGGGUUGGUUUCGAAAUAAUUUUUUGUUGAUUAUAGGCUCUGGAAGGAAUAACAAAGCUGAAACAGACCAUGGACAUAGAUAGAGCAAAGAUGAGAAUUAGAAUCAGCAUAAAACACAAGGAAGCCAAGAACGCUCAUGUCAAGCUGAAGACUAUGUUUGAUAAGGUGGAAGUUGAGGAUUGGGAAGGUGGCGACUUGGAGAUGGUAAUCUUUUUAUUCUUAUUUUGUGUUUUUAAUUUUACGAGGGAAUGGUCUGAACUUCCCCCAGCGUUUGGGAAAAUGACUAGUACAGGUGGAUAGAGCAAGUCAACAUUGGUAAAAAGAGCCAUUUUCCAGCUGCGGAAUAAGCCCGGCCGACGAGAAAAAUCGACCGAAAGUUCCGCAAAAAUUUCCUCUUUCUCUUCCCUCGGAAAAGAAGAGCGGUGUCCAGUGGUUCGGUUAGCCGAGUGGAUAAAGCAUCCGCUCGAUAUUCUUUUGGGGGUUGGUUCGAUUCCGGGGUCUCGCAAAGGGCCGUGAUAAGGCUUUGAUGAGCAAGAUCAAGCUCUAACAAACCAAAAAAAAUAUUUUGCCAUUUUUAUACGUUUUAUAGGUGCAUUAUACCAAAAAAUAAUCGUCAACAAAAAUGAAUUUUUUGGGUGCUUCCGAACAUUCAAAGCGACGGACCAUCGAAGUUAUACCCGUUUGGUGAUAGACUUGACUUUGAAAAAGGCAAAAUGUUUUUUUGGGUUGUCAGACAUUGAUCUUGCUCAUCAAAGCCUUAUCACGGUACUUCGCGAGACCCCGGAAUCGAACCCACCCCCAAAAGGAUAUCGAGCGGAUGCUUUAUCCACUCGGCUAACCGAACCACUGGGCACCGCUCUUCUUUUCCGAGGGAAGAGAAAGAGGAAAUUUUUGCGGAACUUUCGGUCGAUUUUUCUCGUCGGCCGGGCUUAUUCCGCAGCUGGAAAAUGGCUCUUUUUACCAAAGUUGACUUGCUCUAUCCACCUGUACUAGUCAUUUUCCCAAACGCUGGGGGAAGUUCAGACCAUUCCCUCGUUAAAUAUAAAAUUUGUAUCUAUUAUUCUUGUUCAGGUCGGUCUAGUCGAUCCCGGAAAGUACAAAGAGCUCGUUGAUCUUGCCCGCUUGGACAAAAAGAAUCCUGGAGAAGUUGAGUUGCUCAGUCUGAAGGUUGUCAACGACGAGGAGGUCGAGAUUUCUUGA